GCCAUUUCUUGGGCCGCUCCCGUGGCAUAUGGAGGUUCCCAGGCUAGGGGUCGAAUCGGAGCUGUAGCCACCAGCCUACACCACAGCCACAGAAACUCGGGAUCCAAGCCACAUCUGUGACCUACACCACAGCUCACAGCAACACCGGAUCCUUAACCCACUGAGCAAGGCCAGGGAUCGAACCCGCAACCUCAUGGUUCCUAGUCGGAUUCAUUGACCACUGAGCCAUGAGGGGAACUCCUACAUAUAUUUUUUGAUUCACCAGGAGCAUGCAUCUGCCAGAGAUGUAUACAUACCCUGGGCUGGGACACUCAAUACUUGCAGAACAGUGGGUACAUUAUUCAAAAAUUAUAAGAGAUCCAAAUUAAAUGCAAUUCUUUGCUGAGAGAUGAGAAUCUACCACUUUUCACUUCCACCAGAUGCAAAGAACUCUGGCCUCCAAAUCCAAAACAGACAAAGAAACAAAACAAAACAAAACAAGAAAAAAAAAAGCAAACCAAAAACCCAAUAUUAAUACUCAGGACAUGCGGAGAGCUUUUUACUCCAAGUACUCAUAACAGAAAGUGCCCAUUUUGCCCUCUAAGGCCUUACAUGUAUAAUUCUCCCCAAGGAGUAAGCAUUACUGUCCUCAGACUACAUAGGUGGGGCUCUACUGAGAGCAGGGGAAACUGGAAUCUGAUUAGAUGUGGACCUGGAGUCCAUGUUCUUAAUACUACCUUGCCUUUUAGUCAGUUUGACUCUAAUCAGUUGGUGAAGGCAGCUGCUGAGUGUCUUAAGGUUGAAAACUUCUCAAAGAGAAUCUCUAUUUAGUUGGCAUUCUCGUCUAAAGUUGAAUGACUCCCUCCGGGAUCCCACUGAAAUAAAUACAAUUACUGAUUCUGGCAACAGGAGGCUGUCCUCCAGGUCUUUCCUCAGGCCUCUCUCUGACUCUCUCAGAGUGUAACACGUCAUUGUGAAUGACCGCUGUGCCUGAGUAAUACAAUUUCCAGAUGAUUCUAAUUCUAAAAGUGGCUCAGGUGAGCCCUGGGGGCGGGGGGUGGGUCUUGCUUCCUUUUGGACAAAAUGAGUUAGUCUAAAAAAAGAAUUGCUCUUGUUGCUUCCCUAAAUAUAAUUUACUGUCCUUUCUACCAAGAUUUCGUUAGAUGAGAGCUGACAAACACAUUGCAUUUUCUCUGAUCAGAAGCUGCUGUCUGAGGUGCCUGAGUUGAGAAGGAUGCUGAGGCCACAUUCAGGCUAUGAAGAUGGUUGUGCUCAAACGGGAGCCCAAGCCUGUGCCCUGGGCAGGUCCAUCCCUGCCCUCCAUACAAGACCCACGGCCUUCCUGAGGGUUCAGGCAUAAGGAGGUGGGUGGGCAGAAAUGACACCCCUUGUGAGCAAUCAGCUGGUUCAUGUUUUAUACUGAUUCCCUCUUAGUUAUCACGUCCUUAGCCUCUGCCUCAACAAUUCAUAAGACAGAAGGAGAGAGAAAAGGACAGGACAAGCAGAACGUUUUGCCUCUAGCAUGUGCUUUAAACUGAAUGUGACUCAUUUGACUUGGGUGAGUCUUCUCCUUUGGGCCAGUAGAUGCCUCCUCCACAGGACACACCUUGGAGAAGCAAUUUCAGGGAUCCAGUUCUCUCUUACACACCCUCCCACACUUGUGAAAUUAAAUGGCUCUAUUCUCGGGGAAGUCUGAUUCUAAUAUAUUGUUAAUCCCCAUCACCGCAUUUUUAGGAAGGCACGCGUCGGGAUCUCCCAGGCUCCCACCUCAUGCCUACGUCACAUGGACUUCAUGGCAGGUAAUAACCACUCCCACUUCCAGCACCUUUACUUUGUCUUAACUGGAAUUCCAGGGCUUGAACAAAAGUAUUACUGGAUGGCAUUCCCACUGGGUGCCACCUAUGUCAUCGCCCUCCUUGGCAAUGCUGUCAUCACCUCCACCAUCAAAUCUGAAUUGUCUCUGCACAUUCCCAUGUACUACUUUCUGAGUAUGCUGGCACUGGCAGACAUGGGACUUGCCCUUUGCACUAUGCCCUCUGUGCUAGGCAUAUUUUGGUUUAACUACAGAUCUAUUGCCUUUGAUGCCUGCCUUGUUCAGAUGUACUUCAUCCAUACCUUCUCAGCCAUUGAGUCUGGGGUGCUGGUGGCCAUGGCCUUUGAUCGAGUCGUGGCGAUCUGGAACCCCCUACGGUACGGCACCAUUCUAACCAGCGGUGUGGUCUGCAGAACAGGGGCGGUCAUCCUGACGAGGGCAGUCUGUGUGGUCUUCCCCGUGCCUUUCCUCAUCAAGCGCCUGCCCUUCUACCGCUCCAACCUCCUCUCCCACUCCUUCUGCCUCCACCAAGAUGUCAUGCGCCUUGCCUGCGCCAGCACCCGUGUCAACAGUCUCUACGGCCUCGUUGCUGUCAUCUUCACCAAGGGCUGCGACUCCCUCUCCAUCCUCUUCUCCUAUGUGUUCAUCCUCCGGACAGUAAUGGCCAUUGCCGCGGGGCAGGGCCGGCUGAAGGCCCUCAACACCUGUGUGUCACACAUCUGUGCCGUUCUCAUCUUCUAUGUGCCCCUCAUUGGGGUGUCUGUCACUCAUCGCUUUGGAAAGCAUCUUUCACCACUGACUCAUGCCCUCAUGGCUAAUGCCUACCUCCUUGUACCCCCCGUGCUAAAUCCCAUAGUCUAUGCUGUGAAGACCAAGGAGAUACGGAGGAAGCUCAUCGAGAUGUUUGUUCAAACCAAGAUCACUGCAGGGGGUUAGGAUCUGCCAGUUUGAAAGAGGAAGGAUUUAUUUUGUCAAAGCUCGUUUAUGACUAUGAAGAAUUAAGUUUUUAUUUUUUCACAUUUUCUGUGUGAUCUGAAUUGGGCAGAGAGGUUUCCCUGCUCUCAGAGCACACUUCCCUUUUCCUGUACCAAAUCGUCAUUUGCCUGGUACAGAAAGAGUGGCAUCUGUAGGAACUGUUCAACGUACUGUCCUGUGGCCCUGGUUUGAGUUGGCAUAUAACAUCUGAAAGCAGGGAAUAUCACUAAUUCCAUUUUUAAUAACUCUUUUGGACAGAAAUAGGCCACACGUUUUAUGCCUUUUAAAUUAAAGCUUAUUAAAUUGGUUUAAUUUAACAUUCUAGCUCAAGAGGUAAGAAUGGCCUCCAUUAGCUUCAAAGGGGAGAGACGAACUAUACUCAUUAAAUGAUGAGAGAACACCUGGAGAUGAUACAUUAUUACAUAUGAAUUGGAAAGAUGAUCAAAUUUUAGGGUUACGAAUAUGUGUAUAUAAUUGAGCAGGGCCAACCACCUUGCACAACUUGGGAUGAACAGACGGAGGGUGAGUUUUAGCUCUUCUGUGUGUGACACUGCAUAUUCUCGUCCCUGCUCCCAAUGGUGGUUUCCACAUUUUGAAAAUGGAAAUCUUAUCACUUAUCAUCUAGCGUUCUUAUGACAUUAAAUUUAAGCAUAUAAGGACAAUUAAUUACAAACUACAAAUGCUGUGCAGCUGUAGGAAGUCUCCAAGAAUACUGAAAGCAAGAGAAUAAGAGCACUUAUAGACUGUCUGUGAAGUAAGACACAGUUCCAGAGCCGUUUACAUGCGGUCUUACUGGAUAAGCACAGUAUCCGUAGGAGGGAGAGUGCGAUGAAGUGUUUCCAGGAAAAGAUAUCAGGUCACAAAAAAGUUCAUUCACUGGGCAAGGCUCGGAGGGGCAGAUUUCCUGGGGAAGACUAGACACCGUCUAUGCUGUGGGCGACAGAUAGAAUGGGUGAGUCAGAGUGGCGAGGACACUCAAGGGUAGAAGUGUAAGGAACCACUACGGAUUUUAUUUGAAGACAAAGUAUAUGAAGCAGAAGAACAAAGACACACACACAAAAUGUAUAGAGUAAGCUACCUCUAUCCCUUCACAUGAGCCAAAUGAUUUUUUCUAAGAAUUUACCAUGUAAUCAUUAAAGUCUAACACAAAGGAUUCUUUGCAUCUCUCGAGGUGAGAGUCAUUAUCUAUAUUACUCUAAUCAGUAGCUAUUUUAGAAGUUUGUUAAGGUAGACACUAGCCUAGCUGAGACUAAUUUAGUAGGUCUGUGUGUUCAAGAAAAGGAUAUUUCAUGGAGUUCCCAUCGUGGUGCAAUGGAAGCGAAUCCGACUAAGAACCAUGAAGUUGCGGGUUUGA